CUUCUUCUUUCAUCAAACAAGAUCAAUACAUCUUAACUUGAGUCAUUGAUUCUAAAGCUUUCUUUAUUGUUUCCAAUACUAGAAAUGGCAUUCUUGAGAAGUUUUUUUGCUACCAAGCAAAUCAUUCGCCGGUCUUUUACUACUGAAUCAUCUUCAUCAUCAUCAUCAACUUCAACUUCAACGCCUAAAGGGUUCUUUGCUGUGUACGUUGGAGAAAAUCUGAAGAAGAAGAGAUAUCUUGUUCCGGUUUACUACUUGAGCAAGCCAUCUUUCCAAGCUUUGCUUAGGAAAGCUGAAGAAGAGUUUGGUUUUGAUCAUCCCACCGGUGGUUUGAGUCUACCGUGCGACGAAGCUUUCUUCUUCACUGUCACUUCUCAAAUUCGUUGAGCCAAUACAAUAGUUAUAAGAUGUUUACAUUCUCUUAGUUUAAAGAGGGAAAUACACAUUGUAAAUAUUAUACUCUUUUAUAUACAUACUGAUGAGAAUAAUAUAUUUUG